AAGAUGAAGGAAAUCAUCAGAGAAGGCCAAAAAGUAGCCAACGAGGUUACAACACACAGAGGGGUGUCAAGUCAUUCUAUCAUUGAUAUAACCACACAAGGCCAGAGCACCAUUUAUACUGAAGAGAUGGUCAUCUUGAACCCAUUCCCUGACGCAACAAAACUGAAAACUAUUAGAGAACCACCAGACAAAGCUAAACCCAAAGAUGAAAGUAGAACAUAACCGAACUGAGUCAACAGAGACAGCAAAACUUUUGAAGAACACAACCAUUCACAGAGCUUCGGAGAACAGAGUGAUGCUAUGCCUAGAACCAAGGAAAGAAGCCUCUCACCUCGUCAGUGUAGACUGGAGGAUAGAGGAGGUGAGGUUAAAGAUAUAGCCAUGGUGGCAGUUCGAAGCCAGCCAGAGUCGGCACCUAGUGAUCGUGAAAUCGAAGUUAUCCAUGGAAUAAAACAAUCUCAGAGUUAGGAAUAUUCUGGGUGCACCAACAAAUUCCGAAAUUCCAAACAUAGCUCGAAUGCCUGUCAUAGAUAUGUUAUUUUGGAACUGUCGAGGGGCGGAAAACAACAAGUUUAGACGAACUCUGAAGGAAUUGGUCUCUACGCAUAAACUAGAUCUCCUAGUCCUGAUGGAAACAAAGGUGGAAUUAAGCUAAAUGGGCAUGUUCUUCAACAGCCUUGGUUACACCGCGUCUUCACAUGUGGACCCUAUCAGAAGAAGUUGAGGGAUUUAGAUGCUAUGGAACACAAAUCACAUUAAUGUCAGAAUCUCUGAAGCUAACUCCCAGAUGAUCCUUGUUACUAUUUCCAAACAAAACUAUCCAGAAUGGAUGCUGGCUGCGGUGUAUGCUAGCCCCAAUCCCAGAACCAGAGAUGAACUCUGGGACAGUCUGGAAACCAUCGCACAAAAUAAUCAGUUGCCAUGGCUAUUAGUUGGAGAUUUCAAUGACCAUGCUAGUCUUAAGGAAAAGAGAAGUUUCUCUACUAAUCAAAACCUGAGCCACAGUCUUAGUUGUAGUAGGAAGUUUGUGAACCAUAUCAACAGCUGUAACUUUAUUGAUCUAGGUUGCACAGGCCCCAGUCUCACUUGGUCGAAUAAUAGACAAGGUUGGGCCAAAACCCUUAUUCGUCUUGAUCAAGCCCUUUGCAAUGCAGAAUGGAGGACCCGAUUCCCUAAAGGCUUUGUCCGCAACUUUCCCAGAACUUACUCCGAUCACUCUCCUAUGCUUGUUUGCACCCAAGAUAACAGAGAAACCGAAGAGAUGAUACAGAAGAGGCGAUACCGAAAAGGCAAAUGAGUGCGAAGAAGUAGAAGAACAAUGGCUAUGAAUGUUAAUCCAAUCAGUGUUCUUGAAGCACCAUUCCCAUUUUUGUAUAUGUUGUUUGUGAUUGUAAUUUGUGUAUUACAAGAGAGAGAAAGAGACAGAUACAGAGAGAGAGAGAGAGAGAGCGGUGGCUGUGAAUGUUUGAACAGAUAAGAAAAAAAUUGGUUGUGAAUGUUUGAACAAAUAAGAAAAAAAAAAAAUUUAACCGAUAAAUAAGUUGACUAGGAUAGAUUAUACCAUGAUCUGUUCAUUCUAAAAAUUGAAUAGAUAAAAAUAGAUUUCAACUGGCUCAAGAAUUUCAAUAGAUAGGAAAAAUUAGAGAGAAACUCACAGAAUUUGGACAGAUAGGGUAAAAAAAUUGGACAUAUAAGAAGAAAAGAAUGAACAGAUAGAAAAUAAUUUAAAUAGAUAGAUAUAAAUUUGAACAGAUAAUCAAUGAAAAGUCACUAGA